UCUAUAUAGUUGUCUAGUUGGCUGUGUCGGGGCCAAGUAUGUGUGUGUGUGUAUGCGUGUGAGUGAGUGAGUGCGACGGCGGGUUCAAUCAACUGUGUUUUAGUUUUCUAGUCCCGCACAUUCUUCGACUAGACUAGCGCCCCACUCCCCCCCAUCGUGUGAAUGAGCAAAAGUUGAAGUGAAUGCAUGACAAAGUGUUAAUUGUGGCUAAUAAAGAAAAAAUAACAAAUUUGUUCAAUCGAUGGCAUUAAUGAAUUUCCUAUUGGACAGAAAACUUGGAAAAUUGUUUGAUUUUUGCAAAAACAACUACGUAACAUCGCACAUUUGUGUAGGUGAGCCAGAUUGAGAGCGACCGCGGCAGAGCACCAGAGAGAGUGCAAGGCAGUGAUAAGUGAGCAGAGAGCCAAAGUGUCGGCGGCUCUCUUGCAUUUUUCAGCUGCGGCUGCGACGGCGACAGAAGCCGUAGUUGAGUUCAAGUGACGUGCUCGUGAAGACAACGGCAAGAAAUACAAAAUAGCAAAUAAACAGAAUAAAAAACUUUAUUCUGUUUAAUUAAAAUAAAUGAACGUUAACUGAACCAAAAUCAGUUUUGUAUUUUAAUUAAAAGUUGUCUGUCUCGCGAAGAAGAACAAAAGCGCAAAAUGCACACAACAACAAUAACUGUGCAGCAACAACAACAAUAAUAAUAACAAUAACAACAGCAGCAAGCCAUACGUAAGCCGCUUAAAGAAACAGUGCAAUAUAAAGCAACAUCAAAAGCAAACAUAAUAAAACAGACAAGACCAAAAUAAGAGAGGGAAAUAAUAACAAUAAAAUGUAGCAGUGUACAAGCGUGUAAAAUACAAUUUCAGUGCCAAAUAAGCGUCAGCGGGUUUAAUUAUAACGAGAGGAAAAGUCAAAUAUAACUAUACAUACACGCAUACACGUACAUACAUAUAAAGAAAUCAACAAGUGUGUGGCGUUUCGUCUGGUCGGUCUACUUCGCUUUCAUUCAUGCGGUCAGUGCGAUUCAGCAACAACAAAAACAACAGCAACACCAACACCAGUAGCGAUAAUAGCGGCAGGAACAACAAGUAGACACUGAUAAAAAAAAGUUCCAACUGUUACAGCAGCAACAACAAUAACAAAGGCAUUGUCUGCUGCAAAGCUUUUUUCUAAACUUACCGCAAAGGUAUGAUCGUGUAAUUGAGCUCAUGUGAGUGCCUAUAAUGAAGCAUCCACAAGAUUUGACUGUAACCCAUGGGCAGCAGCUAAUGAAAAUCAAUAAAGUGGAGAAAAUGGAGCAGGAACUACACGAGUCAGAAUCGGCCGAAAGUCAUAUGAUGCAUGCCGACACCAUGCCCCUUCAUCCCGCCAGCUCGCACAGUCCCAUUGGCCAUGCGCUGAGUCCCAAUGGCUUGGGUCUGGGCAUGAGCAAUAGCAGCAAUCAGAGCAGCGAGAAUUUCGCCUUAUGCAAUGGCAAUAGCAAUGCCAGCAAUAAUAAUAAUAAUAAUAACAACAACAACAAUAUGUACUCACCCAAUAAUAAUAAUAAUAAUAAUAACAAUACUAGUAGUGGAAACGGCAACGGCUCAAGUGCGGCGCAACAGCAACAACAACAGCAGCAGCAGCAACAACAACAGCAAUCGCCCACAGUCUGUGCGAUCUGUGGAGAUCGGGCGACGGGCAAGCAUUAUGGAGCAUCUAGUUGUGACGGCUGUAAGGGUUUCUUUCGUCGCAGCGUGCGAAAAAAUCAUCAAUACACCUGCAGAUUCUCACGCAACUGCGUCGUGGACAAGGAUAAGCGCAAUCAGUGUCGCUAUUGUCGCCUGAGGAAGUGUUUUAAGGCAGGCAUGAAAAAGGAGGCAGUGCAAAAUGAACGUGAUCGAAUUAGCUGCCGUAGAGCCUCAAACGAUGAUCCUGAUCCGGGCAAUGGUCUCUCCGUCGUCUCGCUGGUGAAGGCCGAGAACGAGUCGCGGCAAUCGAAGGCUGGCGCUGCGAUGGAACCAAACAUCAAUGAGGAUCUCUCCAAUAAACAAUUUGCCAGCAUCAACGAUGUCUGCGAAUCGAUGAAGCAACAGCUGCUCACCCUGGUCGAGUGGGCCAAGCAGAUUCCGGCCUUCAAUGAACUCCAACUGGACGAUCAGGUGGCGCUCCUGCGUGCACAUGCAGGCGAGCACUUGCUGUUGGGUCUGUCCCGUCGCUCCAUGCACCUGAAGGAUGUGCUGCUGCUGAGCAAUAACUGUGUGAUCACCAGACAUUGUCCAGAUCCCCAUGUUUCGCCCAAUUUGGACAUAUCACGUAUUGGUGCGCGCAUUAUUGACGAGCUGGUCGUUGUUAUGAAGGAUGUGGGCAUCGAUGAUACCGAGUUUGCGUGCAUUAAAGCCCUCGUCUUCUUUGAUCCCAAUGCCAAGGGUUUAAACGAGCCCCAUCGUAUUAAAUCUUUGCGUCAUCAGAUACUCAACAAUCUCGAAGACUAUAUAUCGGAUCGUCAGUACGAGUCGCGUGGUCGUUUUGGCGAGAUUUUGCUUAUCUUGCCGGUCCUUCAGUCCAUCACCUGGCAAAUGAUUGAACAGAUACAGUUUGCGAAAAUCUUUGGUGUGGCGCACAUCGAUUCCCUGCUGCAGGAAAUGCUAUUGGGCGGUGAGCUGGCCGAUAAUUCCUUGCCGCUAUCGCCAUCUAAUCAGCCAAAUGAUUACCACAGUCCCACACACGGUGGCGGCCUGGACAACAAUCAGGUCAGUUCGACGCUGGAUACGAUGACCACGGCCAGCAGCUCGGAGCAUAAUUUGGAUCUGGAUGUGCAGCACAUUCAGGCUCUGAUCGAGGCCAACAAUGCGGAGGACACUUUUCGCGCCUACACGGCCAGUUCGGCAGCAGCAGCGGCCGCAAUCUCGGCCGCCGCACCUUCCGGAGCCUCCAUUGUCAAUGCACCCGCCACGCCGCCCCUAAACAGCAAUAGCAAUUCCACGCUCUGCAACAGCCCCAAAUCGGAGCAGUUGGGCAACAGUAACAAUAACAACAACAACAAUAAUAAUAAUAACAACAACAACAACAACAACAAUCAUUCAGCAUUGCUGCAGGAUGCAACAUAUUUGGAUGCCGCGGCGCGGCAUUUUAAUGGCGGACGAGGCGUUAUGCAGCCGCACAGUCCACAGCGCGUGCAUCCGUACCAAAGAAUUUCAGCAUCGCCGGCCGAAGCGGCGCUGAGCAUGCGCAGUCCUGCCGAGAUGACCCUCAACGAGUACAAUCGUAGUGAGGGCAGCAGCGCCGAGGAGCUGCUGCGACGCACGCCGUUGAAGAUUCGGGCGCCGGAGCUACUGUCAGCGAGCGCCAAUGGUGCUGGGCCUGGAGGCACACCCGUCGGCUAUAUGAUGGAACCCUGUCGCAUGACGCUUAAACAGGAACCCGAAACGGGCUACUAAAUGGUGCAAUACAAGUGCCAAAUACACACAUACAUAUUAUGCAAACACUCCCUAUUGUUCCCCAACCCAGAACCACCCACCUCAUCAUUCACAUCGAUAUCAUCGCAUACAGGCCCUUCUUGUUAGCUAUUAAGUGCAGUAAGGAAGAAAAGGAAGAAAUUACUUAAAAUUGUUGCCCCCACAUUUCUUUUUGAUACUUUUUAUUAGUAUUUAAGUAGGUAUUUUGGAAAAUUGUUGCUUAAUUUUUAAACACAAACAUAAAACGAGAAAAAACUAUUUUUAUAUUAUUGAUUGCAAUUGAAAUGGAGUCAAUAUGCUGCUCAAAACUUUAUACACUUUAGUAUGUACUGUGAGUUUGUUGGUUAUCUAUAUAUACACAUAUACCUUUAUAUUUACAAGCCUAUUAAAACGAUAUGCAAUAUUUUGUUUUAGGUUAGGGUGUUGUCAAGGAAAUUUUUAGUUUUAAAUUACACACACACUAUGUUAAAUACUGUACGAAGAUUGAGAUGAAGAACUAUUUUUAUAUAAACAUAUUGUAUGAAAUACAACGUAAUUUAAAAUGGC